AGAGAGACCGACCAACCAACGCAGGAGCACCAGCAGGGAGGGCGGUGAUGUCAUACCCAACGAACGAAAACUCCAGGUGGGAGCCUCCCCCCCGCAGACCAUCGCAAGGGACGAUAGUGCUUGCACCCAGGCGACGCUCCAUCAUCAGAGAUGAGGAGGGCGAGGGAGAAAAUUUUGAGGAGAAGCUUAAUCCCCCGUUGGGACGAUGGCACCAGCACUCUCUUUGUCCCUGUCGAAACCCGAACAUCAUGCUCUACUCCCUGUUCUGCUGCUGCUGCGCUAUGGGAGACAUCGGCUGCUACCUUCGUGAGAACUGGAUGUGCUACCCACCGUACUGCCUUGGAGCCUGGUGCCCGUGCUGCGUGGGCGACACGCGCGAGCUGGUGGCGGAGAAAUAUAACCUACCCCUCGUUUCGUGGGAUCCGGACGAGUUCGGCUGGUGCUUUGUCAAGAUGAUCGGCGCGAGGCUCAUGUGCUUCUGCAGCGUGUGCCUGAUGCCGUGCCUUCACAUCUCCCAGAUGAGGGCGGAGGUAGCGUUCCGGAAGCACGGGAAGGCGACCGUGUGUCCGUGCUGCUGCUGCGGGUGCGGCGGGGGCCAAGGCCCCGGUGAAACCACGUACAAGGAAGAGGAGCUGGACUACCCGCGGGACGAUGGAGUGGAGCGCCCGCAUGCCAUUGAAGAGGCCGACUACCCACGGGAAGGCGGCAAGAGGGUCGAACUCACGCCUGAGAAAGAGGUUAAGGUCGUGUUGGAUUAUCCACGUUGAACUUGUAACUUUUGCACCCUUGAACUCCUGUGUGGUUAGGGAACUACGCGUGGCGAAUCGGGUUGGCCAUAAUCACGUUUGCGAUGGGUAUUUUAACGCCGGUGGGGGGGGAGUAUCCAUCGUGUGUCAUCACAGGGAGGCGGCCUUUUAAACCUCGCGUGUGCUGUCAGUCUGUGUCUCCACUGCUUGUGUGUGAUGUAGAGAAGCCGUUAGGCCUCCAAUGGGGUGAGGGUGUUCCCGUGCGUGCAGUGCCGCAUGUUACAGUCACAGCAGUGAAGAGUAUGUGCGCCACGCUCGAUUUCGAUGGCUCGCUGGUUGUCUCCCGCACCGUAUCAUGUUUUCGGGUAGGAUGGGGUUGUAGAAAGUUUGAAAAAUGAAAAUAAGGCCAGCUGUCAACGGCGGUAAAGUUGUGCAACCAGUAUUUCAAUUGGUGUCGUGGCCCUUUCCGUGGACGUGUAUCCUUUUUUUUUCGUCCUAUCAACAAUAAGGUGUGCCACUAUGUGAAGCAGUUUCAGUUAAGGUUAUUAAAAUAGUCUGUCAUCCUCAGGCGCGACACAGGGGUGUGUGGAGAUCGAUCUCUUGGGGUGGUCUCAAUGAUGGAUAUAUUCGGGUUUCCGGCUUUUUAUUUGCACCUCGACACCAACUUCGAGUGUCUGAACCUUGACUCCGACAUAGAGUGUGAGGUGCGUGCCGCCCUCUCUUUCAUCGUUAAAUUCAAGUGUCUUCGUGUUGCAAGCCGUUGGGACCGAGGGUCCCGCUUGUGGGCUCAAUUUUCAUUCGUGCCUCGCCCAAGCGUCAAA